AGCGUCGCGCCGUUGCUAAAUCUCUGAAGAGCCGGCAGAGUUUAGGUUCUUGAAAGAUCCGCAGGGGCCUGUCAGUGCUUGGGUCCAAAGAACCUGAGAGAAAGGCCUGGAGGCGGGCUGAUGGUGCUGCUGCUAGCCCUCCUCGUUGUGUUUACGGUGAAGCACAGCGCUGCCCGUACUCACUCUCUGAGAUACUUCCGCCUGGGCAUUUCAGAUCCUGGCCAAGGGAUCCCUGACUUUAUUUCAGUGGGGUAUGUGGACUCUUACCCCAUCACCACAUAUGACAGCAUCUCUCGGGUGAAGGAGCCCCGGGCCCUGUGGAUGGCGGCGCACCUGGCACCCGAUCACUGGGAGAGAUACACUCAGCUGCUGCGGGGCUGGCAGCGGGCGUUUGCUGUGGAGCUGAAGCGACUGCAGAGUCACUACAAUCACUCAGGAUUUCACACUUACCAGAGGAUGAUUGGCUGUGAGUUGCUAGAGGAUGGAAACACCACGGGUUUUCUGCAAUAUGCCUAUGAUGGAGAGGACUUCAUUAUCUUCGAUAAAGACAUGCUCUCCUGGACAGCUGUAGAUAAUGUGGCCCACAUCAUCAAGAGGAUGUGGGAGGCCAAUCAGCAUGAGCUACAAUAUCAGAAGAAUUGGCUGGAAGAAGAAUGCGUCGCCUGGUUAAAGAGAUUCCUGGAGUAUGGGAAAGACAUCCUACAAAGGACAGAGCCCCCACUGGUCAGAGUAAAUCGCAAAGAAACUUUUCCAGGGAUUACAACUCUUUUCUGCACAGCCCAUGGCUUUUACCCCCCCGAGAUUUCCAUGAUCUGGAUGAAAAAUGGGAAAGAAAUGAUCCAAGAAAUGGAUCAUGGAGAGAUUCUUCCCAGUGGGGACGGGACCUAUCAGACGUGGGUAUCCCUGGAGCUGGAUCCUCAGAGCAGCAGCGACCUUUACUCAUGUCACGUGGAGCACUGUGACAUCCAAAAGGUUCUUCAGGUGCCUCAGGAAUCAGAAACUACCCCUCUGGUAAUAAAAGCUGUCUCUGGGUCUGUUGUCGUCGCCAUUGCCCUGGCUGGAGUUGGCCUCCUGGCCUGGAGAAGAAGGCUCCAAAAAGACAAAAAUGGAGUCAUCUACCUUCCUGCACCAGAUCAAUGACUGGGGGUAGCCCUUGUCCAGUUGUCUUUCCUCUGGGAACCAUGGUCUCUCCUCUGUCUCCUAUGGACUCAAAUCCACUGCUCAAAGCUCUUGACCACACCCACAACAGACAUGGAUAUUUCAGGAUUGAGCAUUCAUGGCAGAAAGAUAGGAGUCAGAAAGUUUUCUUUGUUCUUUAGCUCCAAAAAGACUGUCAGCUUUCAGGCUCUUUUGAUGGACUCUUUUAUCACAUUUGACUCUAAGUAUAGCUUGUCUCAUGACACAACACUACCCUACAUCCCAUCUGUCAACGAUGAUUUACAAGUAAAUUAGAGAAUCUCAGAGCUAGAAGGAACCUUCCAUUUGAGGGCCAGAAAUGUCUUCUCCUCUACCUUUGAGUUGAGCAUUCAGCCUCCACUUGAAUUCCAGCAAUCAAGGGCACCUCACCACAUUAUAAAGUGGCCUUUUCUUCUUUCAUGAGAAUGUAUUAUGCAAGAGCUAUGAAUUGUGGGUGCCAUGACUGUGGCCCUACAGACAGGCCUGGACCAACCUAUGAGAGUAGCCAGUGAGUUUCUACAAUGGCCUGUGAGUAGCCACAUUAUUUUACAUAUUUUCUGGCCUGAGAGAAAGCCGAAGUGUCCUGUUCUUACGGAGACUCUGCCUGGUAGCUUGGAAUCUUGGAAAUAUGCCUGAUCGGAUCUAUGGAAGUAAUCACAUUCUUUCCGUCUUUUGUGGGCGAGUAAGAACCAUAAUCAUCAGCCCUGACUGGUGUGGCUCAGAGGGUUGAGCAUCAUCCUGCACACAGAAAGGUCACUGGUCUAACUCCCUCUCAGGGCAUAUGACCGGGCUGCAGGCCAGGUCCUUGGCUGGGGACGUAUGAGAGACAACCGAUUGAUGUUUCUCUCCCUCUCUUUCUCCCUCCCUUCCCUUUUCUCUAAAAAUAAAUAAAUAAAUUCUUUUAAAAAAGAAUAAUAAUUAUCAGACAUUUUAUCACCUUCAGUGGAACUACAAAGACCUA